AUGGCACAACCUCUUUCUCCUCUAUCACCGUCCCGUCGCAAUGCGCGAGCACUUUCGCCUACUUCCCCUCCCACCACUGCCCGGCGCCGGGGGAUUGACGAGAUCCUCGCAGCCGACAACGACAAAGAGAAUGUCUCCCCAAACCCAGCCAAGCGACCGCUGUAUGACGGAGGCUGUGACGACCACGACGACCUGAAAUACUCUACUGCCCGGGAGAUGCGGUCACCGGGGAGAAAUGACGAGUCUGAUGACUUCGUCUCCAAUCCUCCGAGUUCACCUUUUCAAUACGAUGUGAAGAGUGACACUGUCGACCUGGGGAGAGUUGCAGAUGAGCCAGAACAACACAUCUCGCCGAAGAAGUUAAAUCAUGAUAUCUACGUGGAUGAGGACGAGGAGAUUCAGAACAGCCCUGGUGUUGGAAACACACCAAACAUGACGAUUGAUGAAAACAAUGACAUACCAGAUGCAGAAAAUCAACAGCCAGAAACAAGAAACGAAGCAGAGGAUAACCACAGCGUCGUUCAUCAACCGCAGUUCACAGAGAGCGACCGGCUAGAUAUUGGCAACAGUAUCAUGGAGGAGAGGCGCAACGAAGACAUGAGCACCGUCUGCCGGGAGGAUGACUCUCACGUGGACUUGGGGAACGAUACUCUCAUUUCCGACAUAAAUGACACAAAUGACGCAAAUAAUGCGGCUGAUCCGAUGGAUGAGACCCGCCUGAGCACGUUCUCCGCGGUUCCCAACGCGGAUAUGACCUCGUUUGCCAAGCUGAGAAUGUCCCCAACGAAGCAAUUACAAGACAUCACGAAUUCUCCGGGACGAGCAUCGAAAGCUUCUCCUUAUCGUUCGCCAGAGCCAGCCACGCCCAGCACUGCCAAGAGACAGUCAAGAGGAAGGGGCCUAUCCGAUGUCGACAUAUCGUCUACGCCCCGGAAGCCAGCGUAUGGCAACGAGAACGACACUACAAAUCUUCUUGAUUUCACAGAGCAGCUCAACUACUUCAGUCGGGCCUCUCAGCGCUACGCCGCGCAAAACGGCCGUGUCUCAUCUCCCAAUCGCAGAUCGCCAGUGAAGCGGGCGCGCGAAUCUAUCCGCUCACCAGCGAAGUUCAGCCUCCUUGACUUCGACAUCCCUCCUGCCCCGACACCACGAUCGAUUCCCACGAUCACUCCUCGCGAACUAGAGUCGUUAAAAUCAGGGUAUCUGUCAGAGAUCUCCUCGCUCAAGGCCACCCUAAGCGGGAAGGAGGCAGAGGUGGCGAGUCUGAAGCAGGCUGUCGCGGACGCUGAGCGGCGAGUCGGAGAGGCAUUGGAAGAAGUCCGGAAUGAAGCUAUUCGCAAGGAGGAAUUGGAGGUCCAGCAGGCUGAAUGGGAGAGGAGGGGCAAGGAGAUGGAGACCAUCUUGCGCGAGGUGCGGGCAGAGAUCGUGGAAGGAGAACGGGAAAGAGAGCGGUUGACGAAGAAGGUGGAAGAGGCCGAGAAGCGCAAAGAACAGCUCGAGGGAAGGAUCGUUGAGCUGGAAAGCCAACUGGAUGCUGCUAGAAAGGCUGCUGCCGAAGCGCCUGCCGCGGCUGCGUCGGAUUCGAACGGCCAGGGUAUGAAGACGGCGGAGGAAACGGCAAGAGAGGUGCAGGAUGCGGUCGAGAAGGUAGCGCGCGAGCUGCAUGCGUUGUACAAGAGCAAGCACGAGACGAAAGUGGCAGCGUUGAAGAAGAGCUACGAGGCGCGGUGGGAGAAGCGGGUUCGAGAGGCGGAGAACAAGCUGAAGGAGGCCACGGAGGAGAUUGAACGUCUGAAGACGGAGCGCGACGCGACCAUGUCUGGACCGGUGAACCCCAAUGUGAGUGUCAUUGGUCGAGACAGCGAAGAGCUCGAGGCCGAGAAGCGGGUGCUCGAAGCGCAGAUCAAGGGUCUCCAGCAGGAGAUGGAGUCGUUGAAGCGCGACAAUGAGCGGCUGCACUCGGAGCUGAAGACGGAGAGGGCGGAAAAGGGCGAGCUCGUCGCGGCGGUGGACGAGUGGCUGGCAAUGCAACAGAUGCAGAACCAGACGCCGACCCAGCCGCAGAGCCAGCCGCAGACACAGCAGGAGCAGAGUUCGCGCCGGAAUUCCUCUGCGUCCUCUUCGUCAGCUCAGGAAUCCUCUGGAUAUCAGGAAGCACCAGUCAAAGAACCACCACUCAAGGAAUCAGACUUGGUCCCUCCGGCAGAGCCUGAGAACACCUUCCGACGGAGUAUCAGCGGCAGAGGCGGCGUCAGUGGCAUCCGGCCCCCAUCCUCCGGUCUCGGCGAGAAGAAGCAGCAGCAGCCGCCGAGACUGGGGAUGUACAGCAACGGGCUACCCAGUGGCCAUGGGCGGAAGAACAGCACAGGCCGAUCAGGGAUCGCCAUGCCGACGCCUGGGCGGAGUGGGAUCAUGAGCUCUAUUGAGAGGAUGGGUCGGGGAGGAAGUUGA